UCCACGCCUUUGCAAUUAACACAGUUAGUUAGCACCAUAAUCAGGGCUAAAAGAUUCAAGCCCUAGGAGGUUUGAAGGCGAGUGGAUUUAGUGAAAAAAAAUAAAGAAAUUGAAAUAAAAGAAGAGGAUGGUGAGAGAGCCACGUCCUGACCAACCGCAACAACAAGAAUCUUCUUCUUCUUCCAAAGACUCUUCUUUGCCUACAUCCCUUAUCAGAAUUUUGUAUAUUGGCCACUUUUUAGCAAGAUGGGAUGCCAGAAUGUGGGAAUUCUCUGUUGGUUUAUACAUGAUCACUCUUUGGCCGGAUUCUUUAAUCCUUCCCGCUAUUUAUGGUGCCAUUGAAUGUGCUUCUACUGCAUUGUUUGGUCCCAUCAUCGGACAAUGGGUGCAGAGGUCGACAUAUUUUAAGGUUCUCCGAAUUUGGUUGGUGACCCAGAAUUUUUCCUUUAUAAUAGCUGGAUGCACGGUAAUCACAUUACUGUUCUCUCCGGCAUUGAAGUCGACAAAUUUCACAGAAUUCAUUUUGCUUGUGAUAUUAACCAACAUCUCUGGAGCUAUUGGUGUGCUUUCCACUCUUGCCGGUACCAUCUUAAUAGAAAGAGAAUGGGUGGUGUUGAUAUCAGAAGGCCAUACGCCUGAUGUACUAACAAAAAUCAACUCAACUAUUAGACGAAUUGAUUUAACCUGCAAGCUUCUUGCUCCUGUUAUCAGUGGCUUCAUAAUGAGCUUUAUAUCAGUUAAAGCUUCUGCUAUGACUUUAGCAAUCUGGAAUACUGUCGCAGUGUGGCUGGAAUAUUGGCUUUUCACAUCUGUAUAUACUGGCAUUCCAACUUUAGCUGAAAGCAGCCAAAGGAGGAUUUCGCGACUUUCACCAAGUGAUACGGUAGAGAUGGCAACUACUUCUGCAGAAAGAGUAGGCUUGAUUUCUCAAAGCGAUGAAAUUUCAGUUUCAGUGGAAAUUGGAUGGAGAAGGAGAUUAACUGACUGGUUUUCAAAAACCCCUUUUGUUGGUGCUUGGAGUGUGUAUUCUCAGCAAGAUGUUGUGCUCCCUGGAGUAGCUCUGGCUUUGUUAUAUUUCACAGUCCUCAGCUUUGGCACCUUGAUGACAGCUACUUUGGAAUGGAAAGGUAUACCUGCAUUUGUGAUUGGAAUAGCUCGUGGAAUAAGUGCAAUAAUUGGCAUGGCUGCAACAGUUUUGUACCCAAUUUUACAAUCUCAUGUCUCAACUCUCAGACCAGGAUUGUGGGCAAUCUGGUCUCAGUGGACCUGCCUUCUUGUAUGUGUUGCUUCAAUAUUGGUCCAAAAUCAUCUUUUAUCGGCAUACAUGCUGAUGGCUGGAGUAGCAACAUCUCGGCUGGGUUUAUGGAUGUUUGACUUAUCUGUAAUUCAACAAAUGCAGGAUCAAGUUCCUGAAUCUGAUCGCUGUGUUGUUGGAGGUGUUCAAAACUCUCUCCAAUCUACUAUGGACAUGUUGGGUUAUAUCAUGGGCAUGAUCAUCUCCAACCCUCAGGAUUUCUGGGAGUUGAUUCUGUUGUCCUUUUCGGCAGUAACAUUUGCUGCAUUGCUCUAUAGCAUACAUCUUUAUCUAGUUCGGAAACACCUCUUUCACUUUGAGAAAUCGUUCGUGUUGCUAGAAUGGGUAAUCAGAUCAUCACCUGAAGAUUUACUGUAAUCAGAUCUUCCUAGGUAGGGUUUAAUGAUUGAUACCUACAACCAGUCAAUUACCAGCCUGCUGCUCUGCCACUAAGCUGCUAAAGAUCAACAGAAGAUUAGGCCUCAUAGAUUUCAAUUCUCACUCUCACUUUAUGACCACUCAAAUGCUUUAACUCGGGGAACUGGGGUACUUUUUUUGUUGCCGAGAACAGCAGGGCAAUUUUGUUACUAACAUCUUUCUGCUAUUAGACUAUCAAUAAAUGAGGCAUUCCAAUCAAGCUCUAUGUGGCACUGUGAUUGGCUGAUAUAAGAGAGUAGCUGAUACAUCCCAGAUCUAACACUAUUCUGUCUUAAUUGCUCGUUCCGUAUUCUCCAGGCAAUUUCAGAGAGAAGAAAACAAGGAAGACAGCUAGCUUGGCUAAUAGUCUGCCUCUGGUUGUGUUAUGUAAACCAAAGUUAGGUCAUGUACAAUCCCAAUCCUCUAGAAUUGCUACAACAUGAUGUAACUUAUUCUUUGAAAAGAACAUCAGCACUUUUCUUGUAUUUGUAAAGCAAUUUUCAACUUGAACUUUAGGAAAACAUCAUAUCCUGUCAUGUACUCCUGUUAGAAAAACGGAAAGUAAUCAUUCUCUCA